GGGGGGGGUCACGAUCUCAUUCUGCUUGCCAACAAGCGAGACUGACAGAAAAAAAAAUGCAUUUUCCUCUCCGUCAGUCGUCAACCAGAUUUGUUCCAGUUCUUUCCCCCUUCUUCUGCUGCAGUUGCGCGGGCGUCACCCAACCCACGGCCCAAAAGACCCCCUCUCCCCUGCUGUACCACCAUGCCUAUCAUUGUGAAAGUGAGCCAGCAUAUCCAUUGAGCCGCAGCGGGCGGUGGUCAUCCCACCACCACCACCACCACCACCACCGAAGGCAAACAAACAAAGACGAAGAAGCAAGAGGGGGGAGGUCAGAUGCAACGGGCCGAAGAUUCCGGGUUUUGCCUCUUUCCAUAAUUAAGUUACUGUGUACUUACUACUACCGGUAGACAAUACUGUACGUACUGGUACUUAGAUUCCAGGUAAUAGGUAAUAUAUCGUCAGGAGGUUAAUCCUUGCCGAUAAUCCG